AUUUCAAGACAGCUUUGAAUUGUCAACUAUCAGCCAGUAAUCGACCUAAUUACUCACAUAUUUCAAUCUGAACAUUCCGUUGAUUCUCGAUUUUUUGGCUAAAAGUAAACCAUCUAAAUACACUCCAAGUAAUAAAUUAUAAGCAUUUUAACCUCGAACUUAAAAUUCAUUACAUUUAAAAGAUAUUUUAUUAUUUGAUUCAAGUUAACAGAAAAUAAUGUCAACUAAACCAGAGACGGUUUUAUUGAUAAGUGGAAAGAGAAAAAGUGGCAAAGAUUAUUUGUCAGCUCGAUUACUAUCAAGAUUGGGCGAAGAGAAAGCGGAAAUAGUUCGUAUAUCCGAACCAAUAAAAUCGCAUUGGGCCCAAGAAAAAGGACUAAAUUUGAAUGAGCUGCUCAGUGAUGGUCCGUAUAAAGAAAAAUACCGCAAAGAAAUGAUAGUUUGGAGCGAUAGUGUUCGUCAACGUGAUGCUGGGUUCUUUUGUCGAGUGUCCAUCCAAAAAAGUUCAAAGCCGAUUGUAAUAGUGAGUGAUAUUCGGCGUAAGACUGACAUUGAAUUCUUCCGUGAUAAUAAUUACAACAUCAAAACCGUUCGAAUUAAUGCCAGCAAUGCGUUACGGGAGUCCAGGGGUUGGGUAUUUCGAAGUGGUAUCGAUGAUGUUCAAUCAGAAUGCGAUUUGGAUGACGUCACACAAUGGGACCUAGAAAUUGAAAACGAUGACACACAAGACGUUGAAGUCAUUCUUGACAAAAUAUUGAAUUUAUUACCAUAAAUUAGCGAUGCUUACUCUCUGGAGCACUUCCGAAUCAGGUGGCGGUAUCAUAAAGACUUACCAUUAAAAGCAAAUCAAUUAUCACAGCGUUCAAAUCAAAACAUUGGGAGUUAGUUUUAAAUUGUUUUUUUAUUAUCAAUAUAUUAUAGUUGCAUAUGUUUUUUUGACUUUUAUAAAGAAUUUUAUUUUACAAAUUAUUUUGUGGUAUUUUGCAGAGACAAAAUGUUUGACAUUUAUACUUCACUCACUCGUGGGGAGACUUCUUCCAAUUGUCACACAUUUGGUCUCGUGCAUUUUGUUUUAAAUUAAAAUUGUAUUCAUUUGAAAAUUCAAUUAUUAAAUUACAUAAUUUAUUGAAUGAACUGUU